UAACACGAAUAGAAGGCGUCGCUGCAGUAGGAGUCAGAGGCGCAGGUGUGCAUUUCAAGGUUAAUCUGAUGCAUUGGGCCUUGAAGACACUUUCUUUACAAAUUCACAAUGGACCCUCCUUCACGCAGUUAUGUAGUAACUUAGUCUCAAAACCAUUUUUGGAAGCUUGUCAACCUCGCACAACAUUUUGGACUCAACGACCCACUAGACAAGGAGCUCCUGUUUGGAAAGACUUCUCGCCCCCAUAUCUGUAUUUGAGCUGUUUCAGAAUGCUCCUCUGCACUCCAAUACUCUCUGGCCUUGAAGCAGCUAACAGAACCCAAUACUUUCACCUUGAGUUUGCAAGCCCACCUGUUAACUGGCCAGAGCGAGUGUCGCCCAGUCCUCUGUUGCUUGGUUACAAUCUGUUAGCAGAUCAUAGUGUAUGAGCAGGAUUGUUUGCAUGGUAGGGUUGUAAAAUGAUUGCAACAUUGUACCACUGCAGCGCAGACUUGUAGCAAUCGCAAUGAGUUCAAUGAAUAUUUGAAGGGACCGUGCGAUGAACACUGUAUGAUUUCUUUUGAUCAUUUAAAAAAAAAUAAAAAAAAAAAAAUGUAUAAAGUUGCAUUUUUGCAACUGCUUUAUAUGUGCCAUUUUUGUUUUUAAACCAAUUUAAAACCAGUUUCCUGAUUGGCUAGGAUAACAUGAGCUAACAGGAUCUAAGGAGGUGCCAGAGUAACACUACUGGAUUGAUUUUAAUAGCCUAACUCAAACUGGAAGUUUAAACAAAACUGCUCCAAGUUGCUUUUAUAGAUUCAGUUAUUAUUUGACUGGAAACUGGUGAACUAAUCCAAGUUAGCAGCAAAAUACUAUUAACUGGUCUGAUCACAAUAGAUAGAAGUCUGUGUUUAAAGAAAUAGCACCUAAUAGUUAAUGGGCUGCAUCUAAGCAACAUUCUCAAAAGCUGCUGGUCAGAUCUGUGCAUCUCAUCCCCACCUUCAACAGUCAGAAUUCUAAGGUAAAAAACCUCCUGCGGUGCCAAGUUUUAAAGAGUGGAGAAGAGGGAUGUCAUACAUUGAGAUUAAUACAAGAUGAUAGAAGCAUGGCUAGUGCCUCCUUCUGCGUAUAAUUUACUGUUUUGAUCCUGGGAUUUGUGAACUUUUUCUCAAGGGAAAUAAAAUGAAAAAGAACAGCGUUUCCCAUCACAAUCGAAAUUUCUCUGUGAACCCAGCUGGACUGAAGCUGGGCGAGGGAGGGGAGCUGUCAUGGAGUGCGGUAAAGUGCACAGCUCUUUGGAAAGACCCAGUCCCUCAGAAGAGACUGGAGGGCCAGGUCAGCUCUGAAAAAGCAGAGGCGUGCCUUACAGCUUCCCUGAACUCAAGCAGGCCUGACUGGACAACCAGCAAAGCCGUCUCUGAGUCACCUACAAGGCCAAGCCUGGACAGCAGCUCGACCCUUCAGACUCAAAGGAAGGUCCGUAAGAUCUGCAUUGACCUUCGACCUGCCUUAGCAGCUGCCACAGAGCUGUGUGACAUUAAAGAGGUUAACUGGGACUCCAAUGAGGGUGAGGGAGGGGAGCUGUCCUGGAGUGCGGUGGAGUGUACAUCUCUUUGGAAAGACCCAGUCCCUCAGAAAAGACUAGAGGACUGGGUCAGCUCUGAAAAAGCAGGGGCCUGUCUUAGAGCUUCCCUGAACCCAGGCAGGUCUGGUGGGAUAACCAGCAAAGCCGUCUCUGAGUCACCUACAAGGCCAAGCCUGGACAGCAGCUUGGCCCUUCAGACUCAAAGGAAGGUACGCAAAAUCUGCGUUGACCUUCGACCUGCCUUAGCAGCCGCCACAGAUCUAUGUGACUCUGAAGAGGUGGAGAGAUGGGUACUGAGGAAGAGCUAUCCCCAAGCAGGGGCUGAAUCUCCUGACAAAGCAGCUUCUCAUCACAGCAGCAGUUCCGAGAGAGAGGAGGCUGUCCGGAUGCUCAGAGCAGCUUUGCCUCCUGUGGCGAGGCGGACAGCUUACGUGCCGCUGGACCCUCCAAACACUGGGAUCCGUCCCUUUGUAGGCUUGGUUAGUGUCUCGGGGGAUGGCACCCUGGCCAGCUCCUCCAAUCACAGCCUGGCUCCCAAGUCACCAGUUUCCUUUCCAAAGAUUAUCCUGAAGCAAAGCAACCAGCAAACCAAAAAGAUCACAGAAACAAAGCAGGCUGUGUCGCUCCCCCUCGCCCCAGUCUCUCUGAAGCAGCUGUUGGGGCGAGUGCAGAACCCCCCCUCCAGCAGAGACCACCUCCUCCUGGCCGGGGUCCUGCGCUCACUCCGGGAGGCUCUCUGGAACCCAGCGCUGUCGCAAGAGGCAGCCAAUACACUGGAUCCAGCCGGCCCAUUCCAGGCAGAGCUGAGCAGAAAGGGCUAUCCCUGCCAUCGAACAAAAUCCCCUCUGGGAACUACAGCCAAACCUGAGGCUGCUGUGCAUGGACCCACGGGGAAGCCAGCAGCUGUCAAAUUCAAUCUGUACAAGAGGAGUCCUGCAGCUUCCUCUCCGACAAUCUCUCUACACAGAGAGAACACAGAGCCUCGUUUAAAAGGAGCACGACCAAGGUUUUGAAAUCAAUUCAC